AUGUGGAAAAACAGGGUACUUGCGCUAGUGCAACAGUCCAAGAACUUUAGUUUCAGCACACGAAGAAACUUACAGCAGGCCACAGCAGUCGAAAUCAAGGAUUCAAAGAAAACCAAUCUGCUAGAUACAAAUGUAUAUCUCUCUGUGACGAAGCCAAGUACGGUACAACCACUUCAAGGUACGCAAGCUGUUGCUUAUGACGAUAUUCCAGGACCUUUAACAUUGAAAGUAGUAGCUAAGUUCUGGGAAAUCAUUCCAAAUGUGGGCACCGAAAUGACAAUUAGCUUACUUUAUAGCCUGAUGUCCGGUAGCUUUGGCGUUAACAGCAAAAGUGUGCUUAAGAAGUUCUUCGAUCGCUACGGACCUAUUGUCAAGCUGCACGGAGCAAUGGGCAGAGAUGUUGUUCUGCUUAGCAGACCAGAACAUGCUAGGAUUAUUCUGGACCAGGAAAAUAAUACGCUCUUUCGCAGCUGUAUGGACUCUUUAGACAAGUACUGCAGAGAAUUCAGGGUUUGUAAGUACAUCGAACCCUUUUCUAUCACUGGAGUUGAUUGGGAUACUAUCAUAAGGACUAUUGAAGAACCUACGGAAGCCACUGUUUUCAAGCACCAACGUAGAGUCGAAGAAAUAUGCGACGAUUUUAUACAAAGAAUGCUGAUGGUCCGGAAUACACAAGAGGAGGUGCCGAACGAUUUCAAAACGGAAAUUCUCAAAUGGUCUCUGGAAUGCCUCUCCCACGUGACUCUAAACAAAAAUUUGGGCUUUCUGAAUCCGGAAGGUGUGAAUAUAACGUCUGAUGGUGGAAGACUCCUUACUAGCAUAAGCACGACCAGGGAUGCAUUGAGGAGAUGCGAGCAUGGAGUUCAUUUGUGGAGAUUCCUUGAAACUCCCUCGUGGAAGUCGCUGGUGAACAACUGCCACGAUAUUGAUGAUAUUCUCUUCAAAUACCUUGAGAAUGCCAUCAACUGUAUUCGCGACAAGAAAAUGAAAAAUGCUAACUUCAAAGAAGCACCAACCAUAGAAUACAUGCUACUCAAAGAAAAACUUCUGCCUGAUGACGUCAUGACUAUACUUUUAGAUAUGUUUCUAGUAGGUGCUAGUGCUACAACGCACACCGUCCAACAGCUGUUGUAUCACCUGUCAAAAAAUACUCGUUGUCAGAUUAAAGUACACGAAGAAAUCUCUAAGCAUUCCAUUGAUACCGAUAUGAGAAAACUGCCGUAUCUGCAAGCGUGCAUCAAGGAAUGCCAGAGAAUAGAUCCUCCAAUCUCGAUAAUGAAUAGAGUAUUGAGCAAUGACGUUAUCAUUCACCACUACCGUAUACCAAAAGGCACCCCAGUCCUCUUUGCUACGCAUCUCAACAACUUCAGAGAAGAAUACUUUGAAGAUGCCCACAAGUUCAAGCCUGAACGAUGGAUAUCCAGCGAUCUAAGUAGCGAGUACCAGGGCUAUGCAACAAUUCCAUUUGGGUACGGACCGAAGUCUUGCAUGGCAAAAGAGUUAGCUGAAAUGGAGAUAGGGAUGCUGUUGUACCAGAUCUACAAGAGGUUCAGGGUCGAAUAUAACUAUGGCGAGCUGAAAGGAUCGAAGGACUUGUUCAGUUCACCGUCUAGGCCACUGAAGUUCAGGUUCGUCGAGAGAAAAUAUUAA